AAUUAAAAAAACACAUAACUUGUGUCUGAGAACAAAAUGAGUCAGGAGAAGCCACGGAGGCCCGAGCAAGAACCGAUAAAAUACGGCGAUGUGUUCAACGUGUCUGGUGAGUUAUCAUUUCAACCCAUUGGACAGAGAGAUGCUGCAAUUAUGCAAUCAGCGGAAGACAAAACAUUGGGACAUGCUCCAAAACAUGGUGCUGCUUCUCUCAUGAAUUCUGCGGCACAGAAAAACGAGGAUGCUGGUUUCGUCGACGAUGACAUUGCUACAAACAUUGCUAGAAAAGAAGGCGUUUCUGUUUCUCAAACUUAUGAUUCGGGCAAACGUGUCAUCACUGAGACCCUUGGUGGACAGGUCCUGGGGAAGUUUGUGGAAGAUGCGAAUGGUGCAAAAGAGAUUGCGGGUCGACUUAGGAAAAACAAGUGACGUACACUUUGAGUUGAAAAUCAGAUGUUUUGUUUUGUUUUAUACGAGUGUGUGAAUUUUACCUUUUAGUUUUGUUAAAAUGUAUUUACCUUUUUCAUGAUCACGACUAAGAGUUUCUCUGGUUGUAUGUUAUCACUAAAACAUAAUGGUUUUUGUUAAGGUAUAA